AUGUCCCGGGCUUCAGAUCCACCGGCCAGCUUCCGUUCACCGCCCACAAGACACAACUUCGGCGGCAUUUCGUUCUUGCAGCAUACACAACAUGGGGGAACUUUGCACUCGUCUUCCGGAGUAUCUCGAAGCCGCCCUCGAUUGACGGUCGUCGCCUUUCACAAAGCACGAGUAGUGCUACUUUCUGUGUUAGCAGCUGUUGCCAUCACGCUCGGUUGCUUCCGUGCCUUGUAUGGGUGGGCGGGCAACAGACCUGCGCCUCGACAACUGGCAGCUAGCUUCCCUAGGACAAAUGACGACCCAGAACUAUCCGCCAUACUCGACAUGUGCUUGGACAUGGAAGAGGAAAGGGGCAGCUCAACUCAGGUAGGUAUGGUUCCGCCCCUUCAAGGGCAUAUCCCUUCCCCUGGAAUUCCACCCGCAAGUCGACCCCAUCAGCCUCCCCUCCAGAAAUGGGAUGAUGAGCCAGCACGAUGGUUGAUUAACACAGUGGAGGUGGCAGAAAGUGGUCUUGCUGUAGAGAGGCUCCAGUAUUCAUUGACAAUUUCCAUAAGCGAGCCCUCUGAAGGUGGUUAUUCUACCGCAGGGGCACACACUCAGUCACAUGUUCCUUCAUGGGCAGGCAGUUCGGCUUCAUCAGAUGAUGUUGCGCUGAAGUCGUCGGUUGAUAUUGCCAAAGGUGCACACGCCGGCGGAGAUACAGCCCUUGACAGCUCGAGUCGAGUACUUUAUGAAGCCCACUCAACCACAGGGGCACACACUCAGUCAGAUGUUCCUUCAUGGGCAGGCAGUUGGGCUUCAUCAGUUGACAUUGCGCUGAAAUCGUCGGUUGAUAUUGCCAAAGGUGCACACGCCGGCGGAGAUACAGCCCUUGACAGCUCGAGUCGAGUAUUUUAUGAAGCCCACUCAAAGGUUGAGGAGCACCCUUUGUCCGAGGCAACUCAGCGUGGCUCGAGUAGUGCGCAUCAAGCAUUCGGCGAUACAGCUUCAUCACGGAAGAGACGCUUUGAUGAAUCUGAUCUGAGCGAUCCGCAGAGCCCAGUGGCUCAUCAGGAGGGAGUAGAGGAAAAGAAAGCAAAAGAGAAUGCGCCAACACGGCAUGAAGAAGCCCCUGAAGUUAUGAAUAAAUCUUCAGGAUUCGGUGGCCCACUGCAUGGUAUUUCCCCUGGAGAGUUGCUACAAUCCGUAGUACUUGGUAGCUAUGAGGGUAGACAAGUUUCGUCUAACCGCCGGUCUUCUGAAGUGAGUGACUCAGGGUCGGAGGAGUCGGAGGAGUUGUUCGCUAAGCAUCCUUUUUACAAGCUUCCGAAGCUGGCACCAGAUCUUGAAACGAAUAUCUUCUGUGAAAAGGCAGCAUUUUCCCGGAGCAAUUUGAGUGGGCAUACGUCGUUGCUUUUAAUGGGCAUCCGCUCAAUUUUGAAAGCGGAAUGGGUCAGCGAGGCGAAAGCAAAGAAACUCGCUUGUGACACUGAACGCGUAGUUUGCAACUUAUUUUAUCUCCAACGUGAGCCUGUGUCGCAUUACAUCGCCUCUAGAGCUGUUAUAACUUUGGGGCAGCGGUUCCUUUUGUUAGAUGCGCUUGUCAGCGCCUUGAGCGUUUUGAGUCCGGUGGUGAAUGCAUCUGCGUGGUGGUCCAAGCUGGUUACUGUGAUCCCAUCAGAAGUGCCGUUUAACCCUUCUCAUACGACUUUUGAAAGGACAAGACAGUAUGAAGCUCUCUCAAACCGGCUAAUCGUAGCAAUAGAAAGCUUGAAGAACGGCACUCGACUUGGACCAAGGGAAACUGUCGAGCUGAAGCGAGAUCUUCUUUGCAGGAAAGACUCUCCUCCUUGGUUUAAAAAGCGUAGGUGGGGAUAUUGGCGAGAAGAUGACGAAAUGGAGUUGAAGUCUUCCAAAGAGUCGUCCUGCGGAAAGCCAGCACCUACGCAAGUAAGCGACAGCAGUUGGUCGCAGUGA